GAUGGCGUCUGCGGCGUGGGCCGGGGCCGGGCCCCGGGGGCGCCGACCUGCUUCGCCUAGAGCGUCCCGUGUUUGCAGGAGAACGCCAUGUUCAGUUCGAGCGCGAAAAUCGUGAAGCCCAAUGGCGAGAAGCCGGACGAGUUCGAGUCCGGCAUCUCUCAGGCGCUGUUGGAGCUGGAGAUGAACUCGGACCUCAAGGCCCAGCUCCGGGAGCUGAAUAUAACAGCCGCCAAGGAAAUUGAAGUUGGCGGUGGUCGGAAAGCUAUCAUAAUCUUUGUUCCUGUUCCUCAACUGAAGUCUUUCCAGAAGAUCCAGGUCCGGCUAGUGCGCGAACUGGAGAAAAAGUUCAGCGGCAAGCACGUCGUCUUCAUUGCCCAGAGGAGAAUUCUGCCUAAGCCAACUCGAAAAAGCCGUACAAAAAAUAAGCAAAAGCGGCCCAGGAGCCGCACCCUCACGGCCGUGCACGAUGCCAUCCUGGAGGACCUGGUGUUCCCGAGUGAGAUCGUGGGCAAGAGGAUCCGUGUGAAGCUGGACGGCAGCCGGCUCAUAAAGGUUCACCUGGACAAGGCGCAGCAGAACAACGUGGAGCACAAGGUUGAAACCUUUUCUGGUGUCUAUAAGAAGCUCACAGGCAAGGACGUUAAUUUUGAAUUCCCAGAGUUUCAGUUGUAAACAAAAAUGACUAAAUAAAAUAUUCACAGUAUUCUGUUGA